UUGAAGUUUGGAACUUGUUUCUCAUUCCCCGCUUUCCAGGCACUCAGCCACAGGCACGGAACCACUUGCAGAACCAAGGUUUUGCCAGACAACGCGUUCCCAGACCCUGGUCGUUGGAUAGGUACCGACGCUUCUGUGUGGCGAUACGCCGAGCGACAGUGUUCGGCGUCUUGGCAAAGUUGUUGGUUCAUCGUUGCAAUGGCUAACCAGUACCUCCGAGCCAAGGCAGUAUCCGAGUUGGUCUCCGCGCCCCCUCUUCAUUGCACUGCUACUGUAAACGUCCGGUCGUUAUCCCUCUCACAUCGUCUUACCGCCACACAUACAACUCAAGCUUUCACGGACGACAUGGUCAACCAAAAGAACGACGACAACGUUCCCCCGGCACCCCCGACCGCCGUUUGCACCCCUCUCGAGCGCCGGCUGACAUCCUGGUGCUGCUUCUUCUUCGUCCUGGUGUGCAACGCCCUGCUCCGCCUCUUUCUCUGGCCAUACCUCACGGGCAGUCGGUACAUGGUCUUCAUCGUCGUCGGCACGCGGAUCCCCGUGGGCCUGUCGUGGCUGCGGCUCCAUGAAUAUCUGACCGGAGAAAAGGAGAUGAAUCCUUGGGUUGGAUUGGUUAUCGGCCACCUGCCCAUACUGCUAGUUGAUCUUGGGUUGGGGAGUUGCUAUGUGAGUUGCACCGCAAGUUGUAAGGGUUUCUGUGGCAACGAUAGGAGAAAGGGAUGAAAAGUGGAAAAUGUGCAUUCCCGACCCACCGUAGCAAUGUCGAAAGAGCUGGUAAUACCUUGGGAAGUUGGGAAGCUUGGAACUCAACUUUACAUCUUGGUCAAGCCGUCUAGAGUAGGGGUAUAAACGUUAGUUGGCUCGGGAGAUG